AUGGAGAAGAAAAAAAACAAGGUUUCAAAUAGCUCAUACAAUGUAAACGUGACAUAUGGCUUCCGCUUGCUAAAUGGAACAAACAAUAUUCCUACAGCAAGCUAUGUUGUUGUAGAGCUUAGACAGAUUGGUGAUGGUGACCAUGAUGUAGGACUAUUUGGCAUAUUUGAUGGCAUAACGAACUAUCAAACUCCUGCGUACUUGCAGUCUUAUCCCUUCAAGAAUAUCAUAGCGGAGCCUGAAUUCUGGUUAUCCACUGCAUAUGCAGUGAGGAGAGGAUAUCUUAUAACCAACAAUAACCUUGUGGAGAGAAUUGAUUUGAGGUCCAUAUCGGCUUCAAGUGCUGUUACGGCAAUAUUGAUGAACCACCAUGACGAGUGGAUGCUGGUGGUAGCCAAUGUCGGCAAUUCUCGUGCUAUUAUAUGUUGUAAGAAUGGUGUGGCUAAGCAACUAUCUGUAAAUCAUGAUCUUCUUAAUAAAAUGGAAAGAGGAGCACGUAAACAGAGAGUUUCAUAUUUGCUGAUAACGAGGCAUUUCGAAUUGUUUGUUGACACGGACAAGAUCAAGGAAAACCUCUGA